CUUCGGAUCGUGUCCGCCCCGCCUUCGAGGGCUCACACCAGCCCCUCCUCCUCAGCUGCUGCUGCGAAGGAAUUCCUCUCCGAUCAAGAAGACGGUCGUGUCUAUCUGAAGUGCUGUGCGUUGUUGCCCUUGCGUGUGUGUGCGCGCGCUGAAUUUGCCGCCCCAUCGUCGCAUUCCCCCGAUCCCAAAGGAGACAGCUUCGUAGCAUACUACUACUCGGUUGUCUUCCUUCAUCCCAGCCGGUGUGUUCGAGAUUCUGUUUCUAUUUCAAAAGAGAAAUGACCAAUGGCGCCUGCGCUUUGCGCUCCGGCGUAUCCGUCGGCAUGCCGCCGAUCUUCGUCGGAGCCCGCCGUCGAUGCUAGCGCUGACCGCUGGCCGAAGGCGACCGUACGGCGGCCGCUGGGAGCUGAAGAAGGCGUCAGCGUCGUCGUCGUUGUCGUCUGUGACGCCGGCGUCGUAGCGUUGCCAGCCGUCGCCGACGCUCGGAGAUGGGCGAACGCCGCGCUAAGACGGUGUCGCGGAGCCGCAGUGCCUUUAGCCUACGAGGUCCCAAGUGCGGGAACAGUAACAUGAGGACCGGCUCGCUGGGCUCCAACUCUCGGCUUCCGCACGGUGCCAGCAGCGGCGGGGGCGGCUCGAGCGGCGCGGUGGAGGUGAGCAAGCAUGCCAGCCGGCUGGCCACCCUGAGCCGCCUCUUCAAGCCCUGGAAGUGGAAGCGGAAAAAGAAAAGCGACAAGUUUGAGCAGACCUCACGCACCUUGGAGCGCAAAAUUUCAAUGCGAGCCACAAAAGAAGAGCUCAUCCAGCGGGGUGUCCUGCUCUCUGACCGUGAGCUUGGAAGCCCCACGCAGAAAGGAGAAACUGUGACCUCACCCUCCCCACAGCCCCCCUCCUCCUCUCCCCCCCAAGCCAACGGCGCGGUUGUGUCCCCCGACGAGUCGUCAGAACCCGAUAGCACGUCUGUGAUAGCCUCCUCCCCUGACCCCGCUUCCACCGGGGACGAAGCGGCAGCAGCACCCUCAUCCGAGGCAGAAAACCCUACGACAGCACCUCCGAUCCUGCUGGACAUGAGCUCUCUGCACCUGUCCCCCGUGGGCCACAGCGGCGGCAUGAGUGGCAGCGGCGGCGGUGGGGGGGAGCCCCCUUCCCUGGAACUCCUGACCCUCUCGGCACUGCCAGAGCCUCCUAUAGCAGUGAACGAGAUCGGACCCAUCCCGCCCCCACCAAUGUUCUCCAACCCGUCGCCCACGUUAGGGCUGCGGUUUGCCGAAGUGGCCUCGAGCCUGAACUUGCGGUUUGCCGCCAUGGCAGAGCGCAACCGGCAGAUGGCGGCCGCCGCUGCAUCACAGGAGGGGUCUCCCACGGCACCCCCGACGCAGCAGCAACCGCCACGGCAACAGACGCCGCUGCCGCUGCGCCGGUUGAUGCCUCCCGAGGGCGACGACUCGGACGACUCGGGGGUGACGGGCGACAUGUGCGAGGCAGCGGCGCCCGCCCGGACGGGAGCCUCGCCAGCCGGAGGAGACGGUGGCGGCGGCGGAGGGCCCCUCGUCGAGGAGAUCCCGGCCAAGGAGCCUCCGCGGAGCUCCGCCCUGCCCCGCAAGAGCGCACUCAAGAAGCAGCAGGUCAACGGGGCCCACGCGACACAGCAGCAGCUGACGGCAGCACAAGCCAGGUUGCGGCCAACGCGGAUUCACCUGAGCCCCAGUGGGGCCCAGAGUCCCCUGCCUCCCGGGUUGCAACUGCAUGAGGGCAGCAACAAGGAGAACCACUGGCCCCCCCCACCCCCGUCGGCCGGAGGUGACAGCCACUCGGACUCCGACGAGGAUGGCCCAAUCAACUGGCGCGACUACUACGGCGACGACGAGCAAGGUCGCCUGGCCGCCAAGAUAGCACGCAAGGACUCGCUGGCCCUCAAGCUUUCCCAGCGGCCCGACCGGCAGGAGCUCAUCGACAAGAACAUCCUACAGAUGCAGUCUGAUCGCGAAAGGCAGGAGUCGCGGGAGGCGGUUGGAAACAAAUUAACAAGGAGGCUAAGUUUGCGUCCUACGCCUGAAGAGCUAGAACAAAGGAAUAUUCUCAAGCUCCAGACUGCUGAAGAGCUCAAGAAGGAGAAGGAGCAGAAGAAAAAAGUAUUAAUACGGAAGUUGAGCUUCCGGCCGACCAUCGAGGAACUGAAGGAGCGAAAGAUCAUUCGCUUCAACGACUACGUCGAGGUGACGCAGGCACAAGACUACGACCGCAGGGCUGACAAGCCGUGGACCAGGUUGACGCCGAAAGAUAAGGCUGCCAUUAGGAAAGAACUGAAUGAAUUCAAAAGCAUGGAGAUGGAGGUUCAUGAAGACAGCAGGCACCUCACUAGGUUUCACAGGCCUUGAAGCUCAUCUGCCCUCAUGGUAACUGAACGAUUCCCGGCCGAGGGCAAAAAAAAAGGGGGGGGGGACUCGGCGUUUCGUCUAAGGUCACUUCCCCCGCCGACGUCUCCGGCGUCUGUGAUCACAGCUGGGCUGUGCCGCAACAUGUAUCCAACUCCUCCCGGCUCGGCUAGAUGCGCCACCCGCACGCACCCGUUGGGAACAAGGCAUCCGGCGAAAGGGCAAGAGGCCAUCAGGAUUGGCGCUGCGCAGACAUUAAUUACUUUGAAUACAAGCUUCGUUUCUAAAUUCCCCCACUACCCCCAUUUCCUGCUUCAAAUCCCCAGCGAGGCAACCAAGGGAGCCAAUCGGGAUUCACGCCUGGUAAUACGGAACUUGGCAUCCAGGAAAUUUCGAAAGGCAACUUCAUCGACACGAGCGGCGAUUAAAGUUUGUGGUACGUGAGUUGACAAGAGUUGCCUGCUGGCCGGAAUGUAGGUGGUUCUGCCUGUACGUGAAUGGUUUUGCGUACCUGUCGAGUCGUGGCUGCAGUGUGAUAGCGCAGCUGUCUUUCCCGCGUUGCAACCGUACAGCCGCGACUUUGGAACGCUCUUCAACGCGAACGCAGUGCACAUCACCAGCUCUCUUCCUCCAGCAGUCGCUUGAUCUUGCCCAGAAACCCACUGCGUGAAGGCAACUUUGGCAAGAGGCCGAGACCAGCAAGAGCUCGACGAAAUUUGGGAGCUGCUCUCUGAAGCCUUCUAACAGCAUUGGAGUGCGUUUGAUGACUGAGUGGUGAAAUUUGAUCGCUCUCUCAGUGUGCUCUCUGCACCGGCCGUGUGGUGUCUGCCUUGCCUUUUGGGUCUCUGCAGGGCUAUUCCAACCCUCGUCUUCAAAACCGGCGGGCCCUGCCUCUUUAUCGAAAAUGCCUGCUGCAAGAAACGGAAAGACUACCCAGCCUUUGCCUGCUCACCGCACAACUCUUCCACUGGCUGCUGCAUUUGUGCACUUAGCGUCGCACCGCCACGUUCGAGUGGCACGGUGUCGUCCCUACCCGCUCCAGGUGCCGGCACCCGUCUUCGAGGACCGAAAAAACAGAACGAGAGAAGACGCUGCGAAGGGUGUUUUUUUGCGACGACUGAGUGUUGUAAGUGCUCCCUGUCCGGAGGUGACUGGGCACACGACGAGUCACCAGUUUUUUUCGUUGUGCCGUUCUUCGUCAGUGCGGGCGUCGCUUCGUCGUCGUCGUCAUCGACUUCCUCGCGCGCGACCGCUGCCCUGCGCGCAAUAUUCCUCAGGCUGGACCUUCUACCGCAAGCUGGGGCCACCGCGUCGUCGGCAACGUCUUUUUGUUCUGUUAGAUUUUUUUUUUCCUCUCUGCCUCUACGUCAAGUCCUGCUCCUGCAGAGAGUGGAGAAACGAGGUGUUCUCGUUUAUUUUUAUUUUUUUUUUCUGUUUUUCACAUUCGCCGCCUCGGACUAGUACGACGGCCGUGCCGCACGACGCCUGCCCCCCGCUGCCACCAAGUCACAUGACAAAAGCUGCACCGGUUUUCUGUGUGUCACCGAAGACUGCUGCUACUGCUGCAUAUGCUGUGUAUGCGUGCGUGUGCGCACGUGUGUGUGUAUGUGUGUCUGCAUGUUUUUGUUCUAUCUGUUGUUUACUGGGUUUUUAACUGUGCGCGCUGUUUUUCUCGUUGCGUUCCACCAGCAUUGUUGUUUGUUGUUGUUCUCUUAAUCUCUUUGAUAACGUUCUCUUAGUUUCUUUUACGCUUCCGUCGCGAUGCGAACGCUCACUGUCGCGACUGCUUCUCAUCUAUGGGCCUCCCAGCCUAAAGCAGGCUGGUAUAAAGUCUUUUAUCUCACUUAUAGUGCUUGCAAAAACUUGUUGUCUGGAGGGGUCACCUCUUUGUCAUUUGCAGAAAGUCUCCUCGCUUGUUUUACUCACCUUUUCCCAAUGUUUGUGCUCUUCUGUUGCUAGUUUUCAAAAACUGCAAUAUCGUGUUUGUGCUGCUCAUGUCGGAUACGAGUUUUUCGUUCACCAUCCACAGUGUACGUGUCACGUAUACACACAUACCUGUGUGUGUACACCUGUUUCAUUAAGUAUGAGUUGCCCGUUGUCAACACCCCAUCGGAUCGUGCGGAGUCUUUCAGAGCAAGUACCGCGUCAGUUCUGUCAUUUUGUCGUUUCGAAAACUGACUUCAUUGUGUUCGCGCAAUCUUUUUAUUUACCGUUGUUCGUGUUACAAGAAACAUGCGUUGCAAAAAGCUGCCAAGGCUGUGCAAACCCACUUGAGUAUCUUCGGUCUUAUUGCGUCUCGGACAUUGCAGGUCACUAGAGCAACCAGUUCAUCGCUCACGCUACGAAAAAUGUUUCUUUGAAUUACAUCCCAUUGUUGCGACUUCCUGUGACUAGAACUUGUUGGGGAAACAUUUUUCUUUUUUUUUUCUCAAACUCGGCAUGCGGACAGUUGUCGCGAAAUUGCAACUCUUGGCCGAACAAGUUUGGGGUCCGAGGUACUGUACUCACCGGCCGAUUAAUGUGUGAUGGGACUUCGCGCAAGAGACACCGUUGUAACAUUUAACAAUUGCACCGUGUGUGCAGCGCUUUGAGCAUGUGUUGCAAUGAUUUGUCAGCGUUGCAGUCUUCGUGAGCGUGUCAAAUAUUGUACCACCUUGACAGGCUUGAUUUUCUAGGCAUACUUUUAGAAAGUCUUUUAGUGCUGCUGUCUGAAGUUUUUUUUUUUUUUGGGGUUUUUCGUGCCAAAUGCUGCAUAGAUUAAGUAGUCUGGUUUAAACGACUCCUCCAGCUAAACUUCAUUUGUGUCAUGAUGCAGUGCAUGGGUGGGGUCUCGGUAUGAAUAUUGUUUGGUUUUCAUAUUCGGACACUGUACUGGCCUGCUUCCCUCAUAAGGAAAAAUCGUUGCCGUCGCUCACAGUGAGGUAAAAGCUGGUUGUCGGGAUAAAACCGAAUGCAAGGUCUGUUUAACGUUCGUAAGAGAGAUGGCAUCGCGAUGCGAAAACCUGUACCGCUCAUCGACUAUCGCUACCACCAAUUAGCACAUUGCACUUGUGCAAACAGAACGGAGGAAGUGGUACAUCAAAACUAGUAGUAAUAAACGGUACGUACCAUCGAAUAUCUCUUCACUAAACUUAGAGAAUGCUCCAGGCAGUAUUCUGAAAGAGCCAUUCAUAUAAGAUUCCCAAAUCGGAGCAAUUUUUGGUAGUUAGCGCCCUCUACUUAAUGCAAGCCGACACUACCGCGACUUGUUCUCAUUCGAGGGGCGAGGGAGUGGGUUUGGCGCUAGACUCUAUGCAACGUGCUUGACACGGGCAUUAGGAAAGUAAACAACGACGCGGAGGUGAAUGUUUUCAUUUCACGCGUUUGUCGUUUGGCGAGGUCCUCAGUCUCGCUGAUGAGAAGUUGUAGAGAACCGAAACGCGGACGAGCAAUGGAACAAACGUGGUCACUUAAUUCCGUUUCCUUUGUCAUCUUCUUUGUCGUCGAGGGCGUGUGUGCAUAUUCCUGUGUUGUGACGAAGCUAUUGCUGCUCAUGCAAGUGAUUGAGGAAGGAUUGUACAUAAAUGUCGAGGCGUAGGGUUUUUUUUUUCUUGCCACGGCACUUGUAUAUAUCUAUAUACACACAUAUACACGCGUAUCCGUAUUGUGCACGUCUCGGUGUUCCUUCGAUUUAUCUCGUGUAAACGCGCCUGCCGGCCUUGUCACAUGCCAAAGCGUGCUAGGCUGUGUGAAAGUUUUUUUCUUGCCUUCUCUCUAUAUAUAUAUAUAUAGCGUAGAAUUGUGCAAAUGAAUUUUUACGUCUAUUUUAAUUGGUUUGGAAGACCUUAGUUGGCCCUGUACAUAGGUUGCGAACAAGGCUGUGUAAAUAUUGUACAUGUGCAAAUGAGCUUUUUUUUUCCACUUGUUUUGUUGAAUAUGAAAUUCUUUUUUUUUUUUUUUUUUUUUUGCACAGUAUUGACCAUUUUAGGUUCAUCAGCCUGCGUGUCACCAUCUUGGUCUCUAAUACAAGCUGCUACUUGUCCCGCAUACUUUUUUUUACGGGCUGUGUCCUGUAGUUCACGUGACGGUAAAGUCUGAAAAAAAAAAAACGGCAACGGUGAUGGCAAAAACCCGUCGAGACUGUCCAUAUAAUUGCUGUCCUUACGUUGCGGGAAGGUGCUGACCUUAGUUGAGAUAUGCUGUUGCACGCACGGUGCAUCGAAGUAGGUCAGUGUUGCCACAGGCUGAAGCUUCGCAAGCCGCGAUAGACCCAAAAUGAAACAUUCAGGAACACCAUUAAAUUAUCAGCUUUGCUCCUCAUUAAUCUGGUUGAUCAUGACAAUGCCCAUCAGGGAUCUGUUGAAUUCUACAUACAUUGAUUGUUGAACGUUGCAAUAAUAGCUGCACUUAAGAAAAUUUUUCAUUAUAUCCAUUAUCAAUUAUAAGCGUAUACAUGUCUGCUACAUGCUGAUAUUGGCAACUUUUAUUUGAGUUUUACUUUGAGGUAUCUGAGGAUUUGCACUUCGCGUGAAAUUUUUCGAGAGAUUUGCACAUUCACAUGAAAUUUCUUUUGUGAAAUGUGUACAUUAACAUGAAAUUUGUGCACGAGUUCAAAUCUGGGCAAAGUUCACACCUAACUGGUCACUGCAAUCGAACCUGCAUUCGGGAACGAAUUUCUACUGUGAGCUGUUGCACUCUGUAGUACAUAAGUAGUGUCAUUUCGCACGUGUAAUUAAGCUCUUUGCAGGACUUCCAAAGUCGAUGCAUGUCUUAGUCGUUUGGUUCCUUGGUUCUUCGUUUUCUCAGUAGCAGCUAUUUUGUGGGGGCAAAGAUAUGCAGAGAGUUUUGAAAAGCUCUAUGGUCAGUCUAAAAUGAUUCGCUUGAUUUUUAAUGCUGAUGGUGACACUCGCGCAAUUUCCGGAAAUGGCCAGUACUGUCGGUUUCCUUUUUUUAAUUCUUUUUUUUUUUUUUACUUAGCCCAGUUGUUGUCCAAAGCCCAAACUCGUGCUGUUUUAUUUUGUCUGCCACACAAAAGUUUUUAAAGCAUGUAUUACAAUUUUUUUUUUUUUUAGAAAUGGAACGUACUGAUGUGGCGGUUGACCGAUGAAAGCCUUUGGAUGUGAAUAAAAAAAGAUUGAAGAUA